AUGGCAGACAUUGAACCAUUCACCAUCAGCGUCGCCGAUUCCGCCCUCUCUGACCUCAAGACUCGCCUUUCGCUCGCUCGCUUCCCCGACGAGCUCGAGGAUGCGGCCUGGGACUAUGGCACGCCGCUGGCAGACGUCCAGCGGCUAACAAGAUAUUGGAAGGACACAUACAACUGGCGGGAGGCGGAGAAGAAGCUGAACGAGCUGCCAAACUAUCGCACGACGAUCCAGGUGGAGGGCGGCUUCGAGCCAUUGAAAGUGCACUUCCUCCACCAGAAAUCGAGCGUGGAAAAUGCCAUCCCAUUGCUCUUCGUGCACGGCUGGCCCGGCAGCUUUCUCGAGGCGGUCAAGAUCUGGGACAAAUUGCCUUCGCCGGACCCGGGAUCGGACGAUCCAGCUUUCCACUUCGUGGCCAUCAGCCUGCCAAACUAUGGCUUCUCCGAGGCGCCCAAGAAGAAAGGCUUUGCCAUCGCGCAGUACGCCGAGACGUGCAACAAGUUGAUGUUGAAGCUCGGGUACGACGAGUACGUGACCCAGGGAGGCGAUUGGGGAUACUACAUCACACGGGCCAUGUCGCUGCGGUACCCUCAGCACUGCAAAGCGACGCACGUCAACUUCGACCAGGGCGAUGCCCCGUCAUUCCUGACCCACCCCACUUUGGCCCUUCAGCACGCGGUAACGCCGUACACGGCGGCGGAAAAGGAAGGACUGAAGCGCACUGACUGGUUCUUCAAGGAGUCGUCGGGCUACCGCGCGCAGCAAGCCACGAGGCCGCAGACGCUGGGGUACGCGCUGGCCGAUUCCCCCGUGGCGCUGCUGGCGUGGAUCUACGAGAAACUGCGCGACUGGACCGACUCGUACCCCUGGACUGACGACGAGAUCUGCACCUGGAUGAGCAUCUACUGGUUCUCGACCGCGGGCCCCGCCGCCACCUUGCGCAUCUACUACGAGUCGACGCACGAGUGGGACAACCCGGCCACGCGGGUCACCCGCGACCGCACGCGCGAGUACAUUGGCGGCGGGGUGAAGCUGGGGCUGAGCCACCAGCCCAAGGAGCUGAGGGUGUUGCCGAGUACCUGGACGCGGACGCAGGGCGACGUCGUCUUCGAGCGCACCAACCCGAGCGGCGGACACUUUUACGCCUACGAGCGACCGGAGCACCUGUUGCGGGACGUCAGGGACAUGUUUGGCAAGAAAGGCGGCGCGAGGGAUGUGGUGAAGGGGAAGAGUGGUUAUUGA